AUGGCUUAUUCUAGUCUUCCUGAGGGCCGCGGAGUCAAUUGUCUUCUGCUCGGGGGACCGCAGGGCCGUCUUGUCUGGUUGAAUAGCUGGACAUUGGAUACGAUACAGGUUAUACAGGUAAUUAUAUUAGGAAAAGUAACAUUUUUUAUAAACUAG